AUGGCUCGAACACUUUUGGUUCUUGCAGUUUUAGUUCCUCUUGUGUGCUUCUUGCUUGUAAAAUAUCAGGAUGCAGAUUUUGUGCUUCUGAUUUACGAAUUGAUAGGUGAAAAUCCCGCCGUAGCGUUGCGCGGAAAAGUUGUGUGGAUCACUGGAGCUUCAAGCGGUAUCGGUGAAUAUUUAGCUUACGAACUGGCUAAAUGUGGUUGUAAGUUGGUGCUUUCUGCACGAAGAAAAGAUGAAUUAGAAAGGGUCAAGAAAAAUUGUGCAGGUAGGUCAAAAACGCUAUAAAUAUGAGUAAGCUUAUGUUAUAACUGCACCCUUGGGAUGACGGUUUAAUGUCCGUAAUGGCGAGAGUCCGCAAUAGCAGGGUGCGAGAAAGAAAUGUCUGGAUCUUAUAGGAAUUACACAUAUUUGUAUUGUAUAUUGUCUCCAUAACCAAUUGCAGUGCAGUUUUCAUGCAAAGAGCGUCAGAACUUUACUUACAAACAAAACGAAUCCAGAGAUGCCAUACUCUAGAGAUCUAAAAUCUGGAGACCCUCUUUUUUUCACUACCCCGCGAAAUUUUAACGGACCCCCCCGCUCCACUCGACAAAUUGACCCAGACCCCAAAGGGAAUGACUUAGGACAAAUAUAUGAAGUCUUACAUGACGUACAUACUGUCAAAUUUCGCAAUGAUCGUUUUGAUCCCAGAAAUGAUUAGCCUGCGUAGCAAGCGUUUCCUCGCGAGGUUCGUCUACAAAGCUGGGACAAGAGCAAAAAAAAAAAACAUGAAUGACAGGGGAGGGGGAGGGGAACGACCUUUUUUUUUGCUUCCGCUCUAAUUCGCGCAAUAACUCGAUUGGAAACGCUUGCUACGCAGGCUAAGAAAUAAUCUUUGUCAAUGACUAAAUACAUGCAAAAAUGCCCCAGAAACCGCACUACGAAUAAGAAAAAUUGAAGUUUUGAGCUUAAAAUGGGUCAAAUCUCAAACUAAGGCACAGAAAAGAUCAAAAGAUGAUUUUAUCCCGGAGAUAUGGUGACCCGUAUGGGAGAGCGGGAGAUUGGCGCCGUAUCCGUGAGAGAGACUCCCGGAUAAUGCGGGAGUGUUGGCGUGUAUGCGGGGAAACGUAAGAGUACAGAUUGCAUCUCCCUUUCGUUUACCACAUUAGUCACAAACGACUAAAGCAACUUUGGAAUGUUCUUUCUUAAAUCAAAAAGGCAGAAAUGCUUUGAAAUUUGUUAAAAAGAGUAUAUGAGCUUACUUAGUACUAAGAAAUUCUGUUAUUUACAGAAUUUAUGGUAGAAAGAAGUAUCUCAGAGUAUCUGGGAUAACUAACCACCUCAUUCGUAUGGCAACGUAACCGCAACAUAUAUUGUUCUCGGUAUUAGAAUAAAAAAAGAAGAACUCUACAGUAAUGUCACCCAGAAGAAGCACAAACGAAACCAAAGUGUCAAAGGGGUGUCAGUAAAACGCGGGUCGGGGUGUAUUUAAAAGAGGUCUUAAAAGAAUGCUGUUUUAGGGUUAGGGUUGGUGUCAACGAACCCUAACCCUAACCCUAAAACAGCAUUCUUUAAAAAAAUGGAUAGAUCCCAACCCCAAUCCGGCUCCAAACUCCGACCCCGACCCUGCGUUUUAAGUUCAGGAAAAUAAAGUGGCAAUGGGUAUUAAAUAUACAAAUCUAAGGAAAAGCGUUAGUUAAUUUCAUACCGAGCGGGGCCUGGCACUACCGGAUUUUCCCUGACUUUUUAAAAAGUCCAGUUGCGAAAUGGUGGAUAGUCAUUGUAAAAGCUCGGACGAAAGCAUUCUUUUUGGAACAAAUAUUGAUCAAUAUUCCUUCGGAGAAUCUGCCUAGGCUUAGAAAGAAAGGAUGCAGUAUUUCUGCCCUGCCCUGAGGUUAAAGUUAAAGAGCCGACGCUCAGCAAGUGCAAGGAAUUGUUCGAUGAACAGGUCCGCUCCAACCGAAGAUGAUUAUAAAUUUUCUACUGCAAAGGAUCCUCUGUUUAAUUCUACCCACAUCUGUAAAGUAGGGGAUCAUUGGCAAGAACACAGAUGUGAUUGUGUACGUACCGAUCGUAACCUAAGUAUGCUGGAGCAAAACUCAAAAGGGCAGUACAGAAGGGCUCACCUGGAUUAUUCCCGUCGCGGAAAAGAGUAAUGUCCGCGUGGAAGGUCAAAUUAACACAUGUAAGUCCAGAUAAAGUGUAUGCCCUGCUCUUGAAGAAAAAAAAAAACACUUUGUCAAAGCUAUCUAAGAGCAUCCCCAAAGUGACCCCUGAAGUCUGAAUACAGGUAGAAGCAAAGAUUUUUCUUUAUGUACUGAGUUUGUUUUUACUAUUUCUUUCCUACCAGCAAUUUCCCUUGCCACUGACCCAUCAUUUAAAAAAGAUCAAGAAAUUCUUGUCCUUCCAUUGGACUUGCAAAAAUUUGAUACACAUGAAAAACUGGCACAAGAUGUCCUCAAGCAUUUUGGAAAGGUAAAAAGAAACUAGUAUAUAUAGGGCUUGAAUUUAACAGCAGAUGGUCUAGAUGGACAGGGUUGACAACUGACAUCAAAGCUGAUUGUUAGUGUUGACCCAUGGCCAGCCUGACACUUCAUUGUGUGGCUGCUUCAGGUCAUGCUGUUCCAGGUUCUAUGUUAGUGUGAUUUUAAUAUACAACACCAGAAUACAAGACAGAAAAAAACUAGCAUCUAAAUCACAGUAAAUUGCAAUAAAUCACAUUUUUAUAUAAAAGCAGCAUUAAAGUAAUUGGUAUUUGUCCACAUUUUCUCCCUUGUAUAUUCAUUUAAACCGUCUUAACGCUUUUCUGUAUGUCAUUUUGUUUUUAUGGUAAUUAAAGACUGUUGUCCUCUUGAUGCUUAAUUCUGUAUGUCUGGGGUUUUGUUGUACACUCUACAUAUUGAGUUAAGUUUUUUCUCUUUAUAUAGUGUAUUUUAAUUUCUGUGUGUUUAUAGAUUAAUUGUGCCUAUGAUGUCUGAAUGACCAUGAUGUCAACUUCUAAGUAAACCUCUUUUCCAUAUCUGCCUGUCAUUUGUAUGGGAUUUAAAUUAACUGGUUCAUCAUACAUCUCUUAAAGUUUUCUGUCAAAGUGAUAAUUAAUUGAUUCACUCUUAAUAGUGCUAUGCGGGUAAUCCUUUAGAGGAUGGGUAGCUUGCAAACCCAACUCAACACAGGGUUGUCGGAACAGCAACAAGAAUAUUUAUUCCAAAACUGAACGUAGUUUCCACGAAGUAAAACUCCACAACCUGCUAGCACGUGACUCAUAAACUUACACGGCCUCUGCCAAAUGCACUUAACUUGAUGAACUUAUACAGCCUCCGCCAACUUGAAUCAACACUGCUUCCAUCACACUUGACUAAACACAGCUAAAAAAAAACUUAACUCGGACUCGUCUACUUAUCAUGACUUUCAACAUAAGAUUCUAGAACUUUCCAAAUAGUCUAAUUAUAGAAAGAUUACAAAAUAUACCGCUUUAGAAUCGCUUGUAACACAAAAUCCUAAAAUAAACAAACUAUGAACUCUCGCGAAGCGUCUAGAAAGUCACGCCAGUCAUGCAAUACAGUUUUUCGUAACAAAUAGUAAUAAGGCUGAUAUUGUCCCUUCAACCUUUCUCUAUGUUCAUAAGGUAUCCUUUUGAAAGCUUUUACUAGUGUUACAACUUGACCAGCCAAAAACAAAUUUUUUCAGUUCAGUUCAUUUCCAGAAAACAUGUACAAGUAGAUGAGAUGCCUACCUAUAGUUUAUUUUAAGGCUAGUAAAAUGGAGAGAAAAAAAAUGUAAAUCUAUGUUAAAGCUAUGUACCAUCGACAAACCUUGUUUAUACGAGCACUGAGAGGGUCAUAGAAAGUGUUCAUUGUAACAAGUUGUCUGUUGAAUUUAAGUUGAAUUUAGAGAAAAUGUAAUGCCAGCAGGCGGUGCCUGCGGCAUUGUGUUACUGUUGUAUGUUGCACGUGUGUGUUUUCCUCUUGUGGUGUGUUCAUAUCGCUUUCAUCUUGUACUGCAAGCGAUUUGUUGUUAUUAAAGCUGUUAUUGUUCCUUCGUUGUGACGUUCCUGUCUUUUCAACAUUGGCAGUAAGGCAUUCUUUCCCAGGGACAAAGCAAACUGUCUGUAAUAAUGAUCGAGGUGUCCUUAUUAAGCCGCUGUCUGUAAAGUGGGGUUUGACUGUAUUAUGAAAAUAGAAAAUUUUCCAGUAAUGCAUUUUGCUCAUUUUGCUCAUGGUUACAGUACCUGGAAAAAUGUCUUGUUAAAAAGUUACUGACUUUUUGUCUUUGGAAAAAAAAGUUUUAAAAAGUAGUGUUACAUCGCGUUAAUUUAUUUGAGUGCAGAAUACAGACUUAACCAAAACUAGGGUGAUUGUUUAAAAUAUGUAAGUAAAAAAAAUCAAUGUAUUGAUUUAUUUUAAAGGUACUGUAUGCCUAAUUAUAUUAAUGUUUCAAACUGCUAAGUGCAGCUGUCCUUAUCAUUAGUUCUUAUGUGUAAUCCUGCAGUGUCUUCGUCUCUUUUCAGGUUGAUGUUUUGGUUAAUAAUGGUGCAAGGGGACAACUGGGUUUGAUAAGUAAGACCUCACUGGAAGUUGACCGAGCAAUUCUGGAUUUGAAUACUGUUGGCACUAUUUCCCUGACAAAAGCAAUUCUUCCCCAUAUGAUUGAACGCCGAAAAGGACAGAUUGUUGUUGUGAGCAGCAUUGGUGGAAAGUUUGGUAAAAAAAUAAGUUUGCAGAAUAUUUUAACCCAAAAUGUGAUGAAAAUGCUUCCAAAUGCUAAAAGUGGCUCAAGUUCCAGUCACAUGCUUCGAUCAUCCCGGCCAUGUACCCAUUCCAGUACUGAUCACUCAUUCCCUCAAUUAACCUUUUCAGUCCCAAGAGUGCAUCACCAACAUCAAUUUUUCCCCAACAAUGUUAGAUGUGCAUCAUCAAGAAAGAUCCUGUGAGGAUUAAUAAAACAAUCACCAGUGGGGAAAUAAUUUAUUUGAUCAAAGAUCAAAUUCUCUCAACUAAUUCUUUAUGCAAAUUAUGUUUGGAGAUCAGUAUGGAGAAUUUGUAUUUGUAUACAGGGCAGGGGGUUUAAAGGGUGAAGUUCUUUCACCCAGCAGUCAAACACCCAUUCAGGCACACACACACUCGCUGAUUUUAUUAUUAAAUGACCCUGUACCGUCAUUGGACUUUUCUGGCUCUUGGUUGAUUUUUUAGAACUGUGUCAGCUCAUAUAAUAGAAAAUUAAAAAGAUGUUAUCACUCUUUUAAGUAUAAUUUUUGGAAUCCCUUUCCAUACUAAUUUUAAUUUUGUACAUCUUGCUGUGUUUUUAAAAUGAUAUUUUCUAAUUUCUUUCAGGGACCCCUUUUGCUGCUACAUACUGUGCAAGUAAACAUGCAUUGCACGUAUGUAUUCCAGGUUUAUAUACAGACUGAUGUGUUUAUUAAGUGUUUUGUAUAUUAUGCACCUUAAUGUUUGAGUCAGUUUGGCUAGUUUUAUUUCUUCUGUCCAUAUUUACAGGUAAGAAUAAAAUGGAUUUAUAUUUUUUCUGAGAUUGUAAUAUCUCCAGGUGAAUUCGCAAGUGAGCACACAUGGCCAAUGAAAUAUUGAAAACAUCACAUGCUGUUUUUCCAAUUGUUUUUUUUACUUCUAGCUACAACUCAAGGAACACAAAAGAACAAGUUAAUAUUAUUUUGCAAGUCGUUUAAUGUAAUUAUGUCUGCUUUGUUUUUGUUUAAAAGAAAAAAAUGAUGUAUCCUAUCUGGCAAAGUAAGCAAAUUUCUGUACAUUUUUUUCACUUGUGGAAGAUUAAUACCAUUCAAUAAGCAGAAGUAACUUUGAUUGGCUGUUUCAACUUUUAUGCCAAUUAACUGGGCAGUUGUAUCAGGCUUUCAUUUCAUUUUUACUCAGUUCCCGCUAUAGAGCCUGAUCUUAGGUUAGAAUAUAACUUAGACUACUGAGCCGGGUUGUUCAAAGCUGGCUUAAGAUAACCCAGGGUUAGUGCGAAAUUUGAAUUCAGAUAUAUAAAUGCGGAAACAGCAAAUUCAGAUUUAUUCUUUUUGCCUACAAUUUGAUGAUUAGACACCCUAAAAAACACUACCUGAGAAAAUGCUGUCGAUCAAAGGAAAAAGGAAACAGAUCAAAAUUUAACCUCGGCUUAGCGCUAAUCAGCCUUCAAACAACUGGGCCCCGGUCUUAAUAAUUGAAGGCCUGAAUUUCUUAAAAACCGUCAUGGUGUAAUGGUUUUCCCUUAAGUACAAAAUCCCUAGGUUCUUUAUCAUUUCCCAGAAAACAUUAUACAUCCACUUUACGAUAAUAUUGGCAACAUCAACCCCCCAACCCCUCCCCAGUAGAAGCUGUCCCCUUUCCGCAAAAGUAUUGUGCACUGUUUGACGAGGUGCAGUGUGAUAGACAGUAUCAGCAAAUGAUAGUGUAUUUUAGAAUCUUUUUGGACUGAUGCCCAGGUUUUAGUCUUAAGUUAUAAUUAUGCCAGACAAAUACAAACUUGAUUAUGUCAUAGAUUAGAUUAUGUCCUCUCUCUACUGCUGCUGAUUAUCUGAACAUGACCGGCGGUGUCCAGCAAGAAAGCUCUUGCUACUUUAGACACUGUACACAGAUGAACUUAAUGUCUUUUAGUUAAUUAUUAUUUAUCAGCUAAUUUAUUUUUCUACCUAUGUACACUUGUGAAAAUAUCUUGUAUAGUGAGAAAUAAAGAACUGAAUUGAAUUGAAUUGAAUAGAAAAUUCUCAGUUUUCAAAAAGUCAAAUUAACAGCUAUCCAGACAUGGCCCUUUUUAUUUUUAAGUGUAAAUACAAUAAUUAAAAUAUUUUCCUGUUUACAUCAGCAAUAAUGAAUGUCUUUCCCAGGGUUACUUUGAUACAGCUCGUCUCGAGUUGUCAGAGUACAACAUCGGUGUCCAGAUCAUCUGUCCAGGAGCUGUCAAGUCUGAUUUUACAAAGUAUGCAUUUUCUGAAGACGUUAACAAGGUAAACAGAAUUUUUUUAAAAAAAAAUCCUAAUUAAUAUGGACACCAAUGGGGAUUGAAUCAGAUGUGUGCUAUGAAUAAAUAAAUCGAGACGUGUACUUUGUUUUGUUUUAGCCCCUGGUAAUGGUUUCUGCGAAAUCUUUAGCACAUUUAAAAGUUUUUUUAAAUUUUAUUUUGGAAUUUCCUUUUUUUCACUGUGAGAAUCAUUUUGCUGUACUUUGUUGCUUUAGAUCCCCAGUAGUCUUGUUAGUAGUACAGCAUGCACUAUUUACAGUCAUUUCUUUCUAAGACGGACACCUUUGGGACCGGCACUAAUUCUCCGUCUUAGAGAGGUGUCCGUCUUAUAGAGAGUCAAAUAAAAGGAGUAAAGAAAGGCAGGGACGAACUCUAAGUGUCCGUUUUACAGAGGUGUCCGUCUUAUAGAGGUGUCCGUUAAGAGAGAGUCGACUGUACUCCUUUUUUGAAGUGGAUGAUGUCAUUCCCUUUUGUCCUUAUGUCAUGAAUAAAUGCGGAGGAAUCUUAUGAAGAUAACGUCACAUGCUAUUUUUCGGUUGGUUAACUGUUUUGACAGGUUUAGCCAAUGAUGUUGUAGUUUAUUGAAGUUGGUCUUGAUGUCACCUGUAAUUAAAAUUCACUGAAUCACAAUUUUCAUUAGCCAUUCACCAUUUUCACAUGGACCAUAAUUAUGCACCUUGUUUACCCCUCCCCCCAAAUUUUACAUAACCAUUUGUUUCCAAUUUCUAUUGGGUAUAUUUGCAGUCAUUUUAUGGUCUACUGGAAAUGGUGAUUCCGUGAAUUGGAGGAUGGUGGUAUAGUCUCUGCAGUUGUAUAUGAAAUUCAAACUUUACAACAAUGGUAAAAACAAUAACAUUUAUAAGGGAAUUGUCAGUAAAGAAAAUAAUAAAGGUUAAUUUUUGUCUACAGUACAUCAUUUAAUGUUUAGUGAAGUAUCAAAAAGCAAGAAAAAGCCAAAAUGGCUCUACAAGUUUAUCUCAGCAGAAAAUUUGUUUGUAUUUUAGCUUCCUCCACCUGGCUCUGUAAAAAAACUUCUCAAUAUGCCAACAGAACGUUUUGCAAGGUUGAUGGUGGUAAGCAUGGCAAACAAUUUGGACGAAGUCUGGAUAUCAGAAAAUCCAUUUCUUGCAGCUGCUUAUUUCAACCAGUACUUUCCAAACUUCUUCAGAUGGUAUGUUUAG